UCCAGCCUCCUGCGCCCUGCCCAGGCAGCCCGGCCCCAGGCGGGGCUCGGCGGACGCCGCGUGUGUGUGAGGGAGUUGUGCGAGAGACCGCGCCGGGCUCCGCGGGGAAGCGGAAGGUGGGUGCCCCUCGGCGCCCCAGGCUGGCACCAGGCUGCGCGGGGAGGCUCCUCGCUCUCCCUCUCUCUUCCUCCCGCCCCUGCAGCGCCCUCGCCUCAGCCCUCCCGCUUGGCGGCCCCUCCACGCCCCUCUCGCCAGCCCGGCGCGGUGCCCCGCACGCCGCCGCCACCUCCACCCCUCGGUCCUCCUCUUCCUCCUCCUCCUCCUCCCGCGCUCCCCCUCACGCGCACUCCGCUCCACAAGUGCCGCGCGCUCGCUGCUCCGGAGCGGAGCGGAGCCGGGCUGCGGACCCUGCGCGGGGGCUGCGGACCCUGCCCGGCCCGUUCGCGGCUGUCCGUGGUGCUGGAGGCGAGCGCGGGCUGAGCGGACGCCCGGCCCCUGACGGAGCCCCUUUAUGUUCAGCUCCUGGCGCAGCGCAGCAUCCAGCAGCUCGAGCGGCGGCGGCGGCAGCAGCAUCGCUGAGCCGGGGCUGGGAGGCAGAAUGGAAGGCUUUAUUCGCCUGCUCUUCGGCUACUUGGUGGCGGACCUUCUAACGCUGGUGUGCCGGGCUCAGGAAAAAGCUGGCCAGCAGCUGGGGAGCUUUGUGGUGCUCUCGGGAGGAAACCACUCCAGCCUCGGGGAACAGAUAGACCCCUCCGAGCCACCUCCCACCCCAGACUUCUGCAGGGGCUACUUUGACGUGAUGGGGCAGUGGGACCCCCCCUUUAACUGCAGCUCGGGGGAGUUCAUCUUCUGCUGUGGCACUUGUGGCUUCAGGUUUUGCUGCAAGUUCAAGAAGACAAGGCUGGAUCAAAGCACCUGCACAAACUAUGAGACGCCGUUGUGGAUGAACACUGGGAAGCCUCCUUCCCGCAUAGACGACCCUCUGCAUGAUCCUACCCGGGAUAAAACCAACCUUAUUGUCUACAUCAUCUGUGGGGUUGUAGCAGUCAUGGUGCUGGUGGGAAUCUUCACCAAACUAGGGCUGGAGAAGGCACACAGACCCCAGCGGGAGCACAUGUCCAGGGCUCUUGCUGAUGUUAUGCGACCUCAAGGUCCUUGUACAACAGAUCAUAUGGAAAGAGAUCUAAACAUUGUAGUACAUGUGCAGCAUUACGAAAACAUGGAGACGAGACCUCCUCCAAAUAACUUACAUCCACCACAGAUGAAUAAUGUCAUGCCAACAUCUCCCCUCCUUCCUCAGAUGGCACAUCAACAUUCAUAUCCCAGCCUGGGACAGAUCACAAACCCAUAUGAGCAGCAGCCCCCAGGCAAAGAACUUAACAAGUACGCGUCUCUAAAGGCAGUCGGCUCAGGAGAAGGGCUCUGGGCACUCAGCACUGCUCGCUGCUCCUCCAAAACUGACAAAGUCAACGAUGACUUCUACACCAAGCGCCGACACCUGGCCGAGCUGGCUGCCAAGGGGAGCCUGCCCCUCCACCCGGUGCGCCUGGACGACGAGAGGGCCUACACCAUCGACAGCGGGCUCACCCGGCAGAAUGGGAAAUCCCGCAUGGGGAAGAUACACACACACCCCCUGGGCUACAACUCGCACUACAAGACCUGGGAUCCCAACGACCCGUCCCUGAGGCGGCAAGCGUUCACAAACAAGGGCAAGCAUGGCAUGGGAGACCCGACGCUAAGUGACCCGCUGACCACCCGGAGCCAGCACUACUUGGGCCCACAGCCAUACUUCAUAACCAACAGCAAGACAGAAGUAACUGUUUGAGUUUGUUUUCUUUCUCUAUUUUUUUUUUUCUAAUGAAAUCCUUUAAAAACCACACACAAAUGUAUACACAACACAAACACUCAACUGAAAGGCAAAAAAAAAAAUUUAAAAAUAUGAAAUCAAAAAAAAAGAGGAAACAGAAGGAACUUACACCUUGGACACUCUUGGUAUCCAGCCAGCUGUAGGCUGAAGAGUGGGUUAAUACCAUUCAGCAAUACACACUGAAGGUUGAAUUAUAAACUCCAUUUGUAUUUCACAAUGGAACACAAACCCUUGUGACUAAAUUUUUUUACUUGAAACUAAAAUCCAUGAUGAGAAGUAGCACAAUCUAGAGAAACUUUAUGUCUGCUUAAACAUUUACACUAUGUUCCUGCCUUGAGACAGAGGAAGAGAGAGAGAAAAAUAUACUGUAAUAUAUUAUUUCAGAGAGGAAUUUUGUAUAAAACCUAUUAAUAAUCACUAGACCUGUGAAAAACUGAGAGCAAACAUCUUGGUACGAUCCCUAACAUCUAUUAUUGUACUUUCACACCAUCCUAUAGAGAACGCAAAAAAUAUAUAUACAAUAAGGGGAAAAGACACUUUCACAAGGAAUUUAUGAAGACUGUUAUGAUUAAGAGCAUAUGGGACCUUUCUGGCUGGUUGAGAAUUCUGCAGGAUGAUAACAGCAGAAGAUUUCAUUUCACUUUACUUCGUUUGAUUUGAAAUUUUUGGGAACCUCCAAAAUAAGAAGAGACACUUCAUAUGACACAGAAAGCUGCUGGGGGGAAAAGGGCAUCAGAAUAUUCCCUCUCAGUCCUCCUGUUUUCAGGCAGAUGGUAACAAGUCUCACUUUGCAGACUGUCAGGAUUUUUUCUUCACCUAAAUGUUUUGCCUAUCUUCAACUGCUUCAGACUGAAAUUAAGCGUGGGUGGUGCCUUUACUGUAUUACUAUUGUUCGAUGACAGUCUUGUUCUUCAAAGUGACCCCUCUGUUCCUUUAAGCUAUUUCCUCAUGUUUUGCUAAGGAUGACAAGGGUUCUGCCCUGCUCAGCCUCCUCUGUUUGUUCUGAAAGGAAACUGGACUACAUCUCCAUGCAGUGGUUGCACAGUCAAGACUAUUUAGUCAGCUCCUUCAUUUUCCCAGUUUCAGCUUUUCCCCUCUAGUCUCUCAUUUUGUAUUUGCUUUUAGCCAUGGUAGUUCUCUGUAGUUCAAGUAAAUGUUAUCUGGUAUAUUGUCUCUAUCGUUUGGCUUUCUCUAGUGGCAUUCCCUCUUGGUGGGCUGUGUGGUGGAAGAGGCCGGUCCAGCCUCAAA